UUCCACUCAGUUGAAAAGUGUUGGAUGGUUUCUCCAAUCCAAGGAAGAUUUAAUUUUUUAUGUAUUUGUUUAUUUUGUAACAUGGUCUCCUUGUCUAGUGUUUUGUUUGAGAUCUUCAGACUUUUUUAAAAUUAUAUUUAUUUUUUGUUAUUGGAUUAUUAUUUUUCACGCCAUCUGCUGGAAUGGAUUCAAAAUCAAAAACUGCCGACAUUCAAGAAUCUUCAGAGGAGGACCAGAUCCUGAAAAUAAUCGGUUACUCGCAGCGUGAACGAAUGGAUGAACAGCGAUGCUCUUUGGCUCCUGUUAAAGUUUCCACAGGCUCAAGCAGUGAGAUGCUCUGUCAUACCUCGGACAAGAAACAUGGACACCACGUUGAAUUACAGGAACCUGGGAGCAAUAACCAUCAUGGUUCUGCACCUCAGAUUUCUGUGGUCCAGAGUACUCCAGAUAGAAACAGGAAGCAUCUGUUGAUACCAGACAAUCAGUUACAGACUCCUCAGCGUGACCGCUCCAAUUCUUUCAAGACGGAAUCAUCUGAGGAACAGCAGAAGUUCAUGAAUAUGAUCAUGCUUGGACAGCGUGGACGCAUGGAUGACCAGUGCUGCAUUUUAGAUCUCACCAAAAGUGCUCCCUGCUCACCCAAGCAUGCAGACAGAACCCCAGCUGCAAGUGAAAACAUAGAUCCUGAAAUGCUCUUCAACCUUUUGGUCAGCACACAGAGCCAUGGGUUCGAUGAUCAGCGAGUGUGUCUUCCGUCAUUACCAGGAUUACAGAGUGAAAAUUCUCAUGGAAGCUCAAGCGACUUGUGUUUUAUGGUCUCUAAAGUGCAGGGCUCCAGAAUGGAUGACCAACGGUGUUCCCUUGCUCCUAUCCAAACCCCAAACACACAGCGAUCACCAGCCUUCUCCAGACCAAGCUCAGGCACAGAGCAACCAAAGAGUAAAGAUGAAGUAUCUCAAAAACAGAUUUCGACUCCAACUGACCUUGAGGACCUUUUCAAGUUAAUGAAUCAUUCACAAGAUGCUCGAAUGGAUGGACAGCGAUGUGUGUUAAAUGUUAAUCCGCAAACCCCAACCAAACACCAGCUCAGUCAGAGCAUGAUGCCCCAAGAUUCAGAUAAGCUCUUCAGCUUGCUGGCUAAUGCUCAGGGCCAUCGGCUUGAUGACCAAAGAAUAUGUCUUCCUUCAUUACCGGGAAUACAGAAUGGAGGUAGCACAUCAACAUUAACUUCUGCAGAGAAGGAUGCAAGCAACUUAUGUUACAUGGUGUCAAGAGUCCAGGGCUCAAGGAUGGAUGAACAGAGAUGUUCAGCACCCCAGAUCAUCAAGAAUCAGAGGACCCCCUCUAGUCAGAGCAAAGAUUUCAUGUCCAAUACUUUUAUUCACCCUCCCCAGAGCUCUGCCCCCUUAAAAACCAACCAACAUUGUCAGGAUUUGUCUCCACCUGACCAGGAGUGGUUCUUUAAUAUGAUAGGAGAUUCACAAAGUGGACGCAUGGAAGAACAACGGUGCUCUUUACAGUCCAGCCGAAGUACACCAGCCACGCCAGUACACGGUGGAGGAGCUUUCUAUAAUGUACCUUUAGCUUGUGCAGAACCUGAUGAAGUCAUCAAAAUCGUCACCUCUACUGAAUCCCGCCAACCAGCAUAUCAGCGUGUUUCUGUCCUUCCAGACAAUGGGAAAUCCAAAGAAAAGGAAAAUGGAGGAAAUAUAAGAGCUUUAAUGCUAGUAAGUUGGUGA